AUGCAAGAUGAUGAUGAAUUUAAAAAAUUACAAAAACAUGAUUUCUUGUCACCAUUCAUCUUAAAUGUUAAUAGCGUAAAGUUUGGUACUAAGGAAUUGGACCUUAAUAACAUUCAACAUGACUUACAUAAUAACAAACCAAUAGAGAAAAGUAUAAAUGCUUUUUCUGAUACUGCAGACUUAACUGAUUUUUAUUCAAAGCUAAUUAGGCAUUGUAAGAUUGGAAUUAAGGAAGGUGAAGUGACAAAUGUUGAGAUUUUAAGUUAUAUUCUCUUACUUACAGAAGGAGAAGAUUUGGCAAAUUCUAUCCAAGGAAAAAGUGGUUAUAAAACAGAUGUAGGUUUAAGUGGACUGGUUAUUGAUAUUCCUUUGAACAAAUCUAAAUUUUAUUGUGAUGUAAAAUUUGAAAAUGAACUAUGGAGUUAUAAUCCUCAAUUAGACUUAUUAGUAAUGAGGAAGCAAGAUGAUGAAUACAUUUAUCCAUGUAUUUUAGGUGAAACAAAGUCAAAUGAAAGUGACAGAUAUAUGAGUAAAAUCAGCUUAAAAACCAGUAAAUUGGUUUCAGAAGACUCAGAAGACUUACAUCCUAUAAUAUCAAUUUAUGUUGAUCAUAGUCUUUUUGAAGUGUACAUAACAUACUAUAAUGAUAUCUUGAAAGAUAACAUGUAUUUCAGAUGCAUAUGGACAAGAAAUUUAAAAGAGGAUAGUGAAUAUGGAUUCCAGCUAGCUCAUAUAUUAUAUAAUUAUGGUAAUAAUUUCUCUGGAAUGAUUCAAAUGAAUGAGAAUGAUAAUUUAUCAAAUGUGCAAGGUGGACUAAUGACAGGAUUAGAAUACCAAGAAGAGAUGCACAAACAAAUAGUAAGAGAAGAGCAUAUAAAUGCAUUAGAAAAACAUGGAUACUCAAUGUUUUUAUGGGAAUUGAUGAAGUAUAGAAAUAAUAUUGUUCCUAGUUGUUGUGAAAAGGAUAACAAGUGUAUAAUAGCAAAAUGUACUAAUAAAAAUAGUUGUGAAUUACAUUUACUGAAAUAUCUUAAUUCUCAUUUAAGAAAACAUAAAGACAAUCAUACCAUCAAACUUUUAGAUAUAUUGGAAUUUAAAGAUGACGGUGUUGCAUUUUUGCAUCAAGUUGGCAUUGCACAUUGUGAUCUGAAUCCACGAAAUAUUACAUGUGAUGAAGAAGAACAUUUGAUAUCAAGGUAUAUUGCAUCAGAAGUUAGUGAUCAUGUAUAUUAUGAUCCUUUUCUUGCUGAUGUUUGGUCCGUUGGAAAAGUUAUGCAUAUAAUGGGACAGUAUUUGAAAUUGCCAAUAAGGUUUAAAAAUUUUGUAGAAUCUCUGUUGGUACCUGAUUUUAAAAGACCAACAUCAAUUGAAGCAUUUGAAAAUUUUACAUCAUUAUUAUGA